GGCUAACACUGACCCCAAGCCACUCCUCACCUGGACAAGAUGAGAGUGUCAGGUGUGCUUCGCUUCCUGGCCCUCAUCUUUGCCCUGGUCACCACAUGGAUCUUUAUUCGCAGCUACAUCAGCUUAAACGCGAAAACUAUCCGUCUGCCCCGCUGGCUGAGUUUGGUCACCAAGGAGAUCCCAGUCGUGAAGGCCAAGUGUGGCCUCGCUAAGCCCUGCCCCAAAGAGUUCUUCGCCUUUAAAAUCAGCAGCGGGGCUGCUAACGUCGUGGGCCCCACCAUGUGCUUCGAAAACCAGGUGAUCAUGAGUCCUGUGAAAAACAACGUGGGCAGAGGCCUGAACAUUGCCCUGGUGAACGGAACCACAGGAAUGGUGCUAACACAGAAAUGCUUCGACAUGUACUCUGGAGAAGUGAAGCUGCUGGUGAAAUUCCUUAAAGAAAUUCCAGAGGGCGCACUCGUGCUGGUGGCCUCCUAUGACGACCCAGGAACCAGACUGAAUGAUGAGACCAGGAAGCUCCUCUCCAGCCUGGGCAGUUCUUACGCAAAGCAGCUGGGCUUCAGAGAUAGCUGGGUCUUUUUAGGAGCCAAAGACCUCAAGGACAAAAGCCCCUUUGAGCAGUUCUUAAAGAACAACCCAAACACAAACAAGUAUGAGGGCUGGCCGGAGCUGCUGGAGCUGGAAGGCUGUGUUCCCCGGAAGAUACCGUAGGGUAGCUGUGGACCAAAGAAGCUCCUGGCUACUCUAGGAGUCAGAGCUGGCUGCAGCGACGAGAAGGGGGCCAAGAGGCCUGUGGAAAGUGCUGGGGGAAUCCCCAUGCACUGUG